GGCGAGAGCAUAUGGUCAUACGUGCAGCGCUCAAUGGGAAUCAGAAUCAGCGGGUUUGUCAUGAAUGCGCACCACUUAGAACGCUGAGUGCGGUUUCGGCGUUUGUUGGAGACGGUUUAGCGCGUAACUUUCGUGCGUGUUGUUCGUUCGCCGCAAAAGUGUUGAGCGUUUUUUAUGCAAAAUAAAAAGAAUAUACACAACAAUUUGUUAAUAUACACAUACAUACAUACAUAUAUAUGUAUAUACUUUAAUUGUGCUUUAAAGCGAGUGCGCUAGUACGGGCGAACAACCGCGUUACAUACGCGUGACACGAAAUAGUUUACGAUUGAGAAAAACGUGCACACAUGCAAAUUUACAAAUAAUAUCAAAGUUUUACAAAUUAUUCGAUACCUACAGUGCUUUGGGUAUACAUAAAUAGUGUACACCAUAUGUGUAUGUAUAUAUUUUGGUGUUGUUGUUGUGCGAAGGAGUAUGCUACGCCGUUUAGUUGUUUAUCAACUUGAGCGCACAGCCAAACACAACAAUCAACUUUUCGGUAGCGUCACAAGCGGCGCGCUUUGUACUCACACACACACACAAAUCCAUAUAUACAAACACAAGAGAACGACGCGAACAUAAACAACAAGCACAACAACAAUCACGUUUACACAACGUCGACACAGUUUGAUUUUAAUUUAAGUUGAAUUAAGUGAAACCGCGUGAAUAAUUUUGGAAGAGGUCGCUGGGUCGACCGCUCAAACGGCAGGCAAAUCCAGGCGAGACUUCAAGUAAACACGCCGGCAGUCUGCUGCGUGAGACGGAAGUGCUUAGGGCGUGUUAAGUGUAGUAGCGAGCGCAGCGCCGCAGCAGUGUUGGCAUAAAAACAGACUCCAUAAACGCCCAUUUAAUUGUCAACUGUAGUGAAAAGGACACGCGGAGCCUCAACAGCGAUACGCUUGUGUUUAUAGUACCGCAAUAGCAUAAAUCGUCUGCGUGCAGCUAUAAAAUAGUGCAACGACCCUGCUUGCAUGCAAAUGUGUGCGCGUGUAACUGUGUGUGGUUGCGAAUAAAAGCUUAGAUCCUACAGCAUAGCGGCGAAGUAGACAAUAUAAAACGGAAGCGGAAGUUUGCUGCUAGUGCAAGAGUCGAAAUAGUUGCAGAUAGUUGCAGACGUCGUAAACGCCCAAACCUCCCCACGCAUACUGUGCCUUUCAACUACACACAUACAAAUAUACUAAUAUACACGUACAAGUCGUACAAAUAUGCAUUGGUGGUGCAAAGCCUUAAAUGCCACACACACACACACAUAUAUAUAUAUAUAUAUACUAACAAAUAUAUUUACAAGCCAACGACAAUAAUGCCGAAAUUAAUGGACUAAGUUGAGUUUGCAAAUGGCUUCAUUGUUUGUGCUUGCAUCGGCAAAUGAAAAUCGAUUUUCCACCCAACACAACAACAAGCAGAACAACGCGCCCGCAACCAUCGCAGCCCACAAAUAUUGAAAACUGUGUGCCUCAGCAAAAUACUCGAACAGAUUAUUUGAAUAUAUACUCAGACUCAAGUGUAACAAGCGCAAUUUCCAAUAAAAAGUAUAUAAUAUAAAAAUAAAUUCGAAAAGGUGAAUGUGCCGCUUUGCUCGUUGACCUUUUGUGCGCGACUUAAUAGAAGGGGGCAGUAACGGCACAACCCCGCAAGCGACGCAUACAUUUACCACAGCAAUUUAAUUGAGUACUCAACGGCAAGGUAGCAGAGCAGCAAAACAACAACAAAUAGAUAAUAAAUCGCAUUUUGCACUCAUCAAACGUCAAAUGAGUUUCAUAAUUGAAAGUGGCAGCCCGUCAGCAGUAGAUACCAAUACAACAGCCCCAACAAUAAAGCGAGCAACUUGCAACAACGACGAAGACGACGACAGCCAAAUUGACUUUGGCAGGAGCAACGGCAGUCAAGAGUCAUUGCGGCGUCAGCAAGCGCGUCUGCCACGACCCACACGUACCUCACCGCCACCCCCCAAACCACCCAAACCUCUAAAGCUGACAAAGUGCCACAGCAGUGAGCAUCCGUUGCAACAGUUGCUACACAAUUCAGCGAUUUGCAAGCAGCACGAAAUCAACCAAAUAAAUCACGUGCUGCUACAACAACAACAACAGCAACAGCAAAGCAGACAUCAGCAUCAUCAUCAUCAUCAACAUCUUCACAAGCAUAGUCAUAGCCAUCAUCAGCAUCAGCAUCAACAUCUGGCGCAGCAAUCACAAACUCAGAGUGAACUUACUUUACAACAAGAGCAGCUGCAACAACAACAACAACAGCUAGUGGAACCAACUGUUAGCGCUAGUUUAAUGCCUUCGCUGGAUUACAGUGUGCCGCCACCGCUACCGCCAAAACCGAAAACUUUGCUACACAUCAAAACACAACAGCAGCAGCAACAACAAGCACAACUGUUGCAAAAACAACAACUGUUGCAGCAACAAUUGCAAAAGCAGCUGCAACAACAGCUUAAACAUGUGUUAAAACCGCAGCAGUUGCCUACGUUAGAUCAGCAGCAGCAACAACAACAACAACAACAAGAAUCACAUUCCAUUGACGCAAAAUAUCAAGCACCAAAAUCGCCCAAACCACCAGCAUCUCCACGUACACCAAAAUCGCCACAAUCAUACCCCCCCGCCCCACAUGAAUCGCCAAGCGUUAAGAAAGAUGCUGUGAAAACCCACACAUUACAAUUCCAUCAUUUUCGCCAUCACAAGUCGGCGCCCACAUUUGAUCUCUUCUUCAAAUCGCCCACAAAUUCAUCAUGUACCACGCCGCUCUCGAAGUCACGCCGCAAUAGUUCAUAUCAUUCGUACGAUGACCUCGACGCCACGAGCGCCGAGAAGAAAGUGGUGUCCAGUUUGAAAUAUUUGUGUGCCUGCACGGGCGCCACCUUGCGCAAUCUCUCGAAGAAAACAAAAGAUUUGCAUGCGAAAAAUUACUGUUACACGAAGCCCACGUGGCGUCUCUGGGGUGAGGAGCACGAAAAGAAUGCCAUUUUCACAGUCUACCUUAAGAAGGUGCGCUACCAUCGACCAACGCCAUCGGCGAAUAAUGAUUCGGACGAUGAAAUUAGUCACCUUGAAUGGGAAACGGUGCGAGUGCGCUUCGUGAAGGCGGCCACUUUGGCGCGGUUAGUCGAGGCGUUAGCCACAGAUGAUGGUGAAUUGGAGUCGACUUUCAUCAAUGUGUUCCUCUCCACUUAUCGCACUUUCUCCACACCCAAAGAGGUGCUCAAUCUGCUCAUACGACGCUACGACACACUCAAUGACAAGCAUCUGCAAGAGAUCGAAGAGCACCAACAACUUGAGGAUGUGAACUACGACCCAGCGGCAUCCAUACAUGAACAACAUAAAAAAACACUAGUCUCGGCAUUGCAUGUGUGGUUGGAUGGAUUUCCGGAGGACUGGAAUGAGGAUAGCCUGCGGCAAAUAUUGACAUUCGCAUCCAAGCGUUUACCGCGCUCAGAGUUGCAUUUGAAGGUGCUGCAUCGACUGGAGCGCAUACUGCGUCAGCAGGUGUAUGGCGAAAGUAGUGUGCCUCCAUGGCUGGCGAGUGGCGUGGGUGCAAAUGCCAACGGUGGUGGCAUGAAUAUGAGCAUGAGCGUGGGUUUGCUGCCGCAACAAUACAACGCUGAGUUCACAGAACAAUUUGCGGGACUGUGUUUGGCACCGGCGUUUCGUGGACCCACGCAUUUUCUGCAAGCAUUUCGCUUCCCGCAUGUACCGGUACGUCAUUUUGCCGAACAGCUGACACGCAUGGACUCGGAACUAUUCAAGCGCUUGAUACCACAUCAAUGCCUAGGUGCAACAUGGGCGCGACGGGACAAAAGUGGCUCUGAAACGGUGGUGGCUACCAUAAAUCAAUUUAAUGCUGUGCUUUUUAGAGUUAUUUCUAGCAUACUGAUAGAGCCCAGACUCAAACCACAGGAGCGUGCUUUAAAUAUAGCGACGUGGAUUGACAUUGCGCAAGAGUUGCGUUUGCUGAAGAAUUUCUCUUCGCUGAAAGCGAUUAUAUCGGGACUGCAAUCAAAUCCUAUUUACAGACUUUCAAAAAUAUGGGCCGUGCUUCCCAAAGAAAAGAUGGAAAUUUUCAGUGAACUUGCCAGAAUAUUUUCGGAGGACAACAACGCUUGGGCGCAGCGCGAAGUACUCAUGCGUGAGGGCACUGCGAAAUUCGCCGACACGGUGGGUGAGCACGAUCGCCAUCUGCAGAAGAUCAUACAGAAACAAAGCACGCAGACGUCGCAUGGCACCAUACCUUACCUGGGCACCUUCCUCACCGACUUAACAAUGAUACACGCCGCCAUACCGGACACGAUAGGCGAACACCAGCUCAUCAAUUUCGACAAGAAACGCAAAGAGUUUGAAGUGCUGGCGCAAAUCAAAUUGCUACAGGGUGCCGCCAAUACGUAUAACCUGCGUGAAGACACCAACUUCGAUCGCUGGUUUGCGUCAGUGCUAGUGCUGGAUGAGCGUGAGGCGCAUGUACUCUCCUGUCAACUCGAGUCGCCACCGCCGGCACCACGCAAAUCAACCGCAUCGACGAAUACAUCGCUAACGAACACGACGAUCUCCUCGAAUGGUCACCGCAAGACCGAUUCGAUAGCUUCGAACUCAAGCAGCGGUGCUGGUUCCCAAUUCUACUGUGAAUUGAACAACAGCUAUAGUUCGCACUACAGUUCGCGUCACAAUUCACUCGAUCGUGACGCACAGGCGCCGAACGCAUCGAUCUUGUCGGCCUCCAGCAGCGUAUCGAAUCUAUCCAUAGACUCGAGCAACUCGGGCGGACAGAAAUCUAAUACGAAAAUGACGCACUCACACUCGACAAACGGUGUGCGCGGCAGUGCUGGCAGUGGAAACAACAAUACACAGCUGAAUGUCGGCUCGCCUAUCAUCAACGCCCAGCUGGUGCAAUCGCCAGGCACCAAGACCAAUAAUGCGCCCGAUUUUUACAUUAUACGCGUGACGUACGAAACGGAAAACGUCGAGUUGGAUGGCAUUGUGCUAUACAAGAGCAUAAUGUUGGGCAACAACGAGCGCACACCGCACGUCAUACGAAAUGCGAUGAUGAAGCUCGGUCUCGAGGCUGAUCCCGACGACUAUACGCUCGCACAGGUACUGCCCGACAAGGAGUUGGUGAUGCCAAGAAACGCGAACGUCUACUACGCGGUGAAUACGACCUACAAUUUGAAUUUCAUCCUGCGGCCGAAAAAGAAAGAUGGCGCCAGCAACGGUAGCUAGUGCAUAGGGUUGUCGGUGCAUGUGCAGUUCCGUACGUUGUUCGUGCUUCUGGUGCUUUAAGCGAGCGGCGUUGACGCGUGGUGACUUAUGCUACACAACUACAACUAUAACAAAGGAUUUAUAACUAUAUUUACAUGUAAAAAUACAUAUAUUUCAUACUCAUAAAGAUGUUUUUCCAUUUUGGAAACGUUUUAUAAUUUAUGUAAUCUCAAAUAAUGGACAAAUAAUUAGUGUAAAUAAUUGCUGUAUUUUAGUUUAAUUUUUAAAUAUUUAUAUGUAUGUAUUUUUUUGUAAUCAUAUGCUAUGUAUGUAUAUAACUGUAAGUUCAUAAUUAAUUUAAUUAGUUUAUAUAAUUUUUAUAUGUAUUUUUUUGUAAUAUUCGAAAUUUCGCUUAUGUCUGCGCGUUUAUAAUUAAAUAAUUUUAUAAAUUUGUGAAAAGCUAAAAUAUUUAUUUAUUUUGUAUGUUAAAUGUAUAAGUUUUAUUGCUUUAAAAAUGCUUUAAAGAGAAAAAACCAAUAACUGCAAAAUACUUGUAAAGAGAAAAUGUGAAGAUAAACGGAAAGUUAAAACAAUAAUUGUAAUUAAAGUCGUAUUUUAAUUAAGAUUUAAAUGUAUAACAAUUAUUUAAAGUGAGUUCAGCAUGAAAGUCGCUGUGUUAUGGAACCUUUUGAAGCAAUGUUUAAUUUAAAAAUAGUUUAAAGGGGUUCAAAUAAAUUUUUUUUUAUAAACAAAAGCACAAUUUUUUUUAUUAAAAGCGAAGGUUGGUGACAAAGAAGACAUGCUGAGCAAGAGUAGGCAUCUAAAAGAAUUGCAUAAAUAAAUUGUGGAAAAAAAUUACUGCCAUCUAAUGGAAAUUAUAGCGUUUAAGCCAAUGAUCUUAAAAAUUUGCUUUUUCAGCUAAUAAAAAGAUUUUUUUAAUUUUCAAACUA